AGCACCCCGGAGGAGAGGGUGCCGCGCGCAGCCGAGCCAUGGGGGACCACUUCAUCCGCCACAUUGCCCUCCUGGGCUUCGAGAAGCGCUUCGUUCCCAGCCAGCACUACGUCUACAUGUUCUUGGUGAAAUGGCAGGACCUGUCUGAGAAGGUGGUCUAUCGGCGCUUCACCGAGAUCUACGAAUUCCACAAAGGCUUAAAGGAGAUGUUUCCUAUUGAGGCGGGGGACAUCAACCCACAGAAUAGGAUCAUCCCACACCUGCCAGCCCCGCGGUGGUUUGAUGGGCAGCGGGCGGCCGAGAGCCGCCAGGGCACUCUUACCGAGUACUGCAGCGCGCUUAUGAGCCUGCCUGUCAAGAUCUCCCGCUGCCCGCACUUCCUCGACUUCUUCAGGGUGCGCCCCGACGACCUCAAGCUCCCCACAGACAGCCAGGUGAAAAAGCCAGAGACAUACCUGAUGCCCAAAGAUGGCAAGAGCAACACUGCGGACAUCACGGGCCCCAUCAUCCUGCAGACGUACCGCGCCAUCGCUGACUAUGAGAAGGGCUCGAGCUCCCAGAUGGCGCUGGCCACGGGCGACGUGGUAGACGUCGUGGAGAAGAACGAGAGCGGCUGGUGGUUCUGCCAAAUGAAGACAAAGCGUGGCUGGGUCCCAGCGUCCUACUUGGAGCCCCUGGACAGUCCUGAUGAAGCCGAGGACCCAGAACCCAACUAUGAAGGUGAGCCCUACGUCACCAUCAAAGCCUACACUUCGGUGCUGGAGGAUGAGAUGUCCUUGGAGGAGGGUGAAACCAUUGAGGUCAUUCAUAAGCUCCUGGAUGGCUGGUGGGUCAUCAGGAAAGAAGAUGUCACAGGUUACUUUCCAUCCAUGUUCCUGCAGAAGGCAGGGCAGGACGUAGCCCAGGCCAAAAGCCAGAUCAAGAGCCGGGGGGCGCCGCCCCGCAGGUCGUCCAUCCGCAACGCACACAGCAUCCACCAGCGGUCACGGAAGCGCCUCAGUCAGGACACCUAUCGGCGCAACAGUGUCCGUUUUACGCAGCAGCGCCGCCGCCAGCGGCUGGGACCACAGAGCCCCGGGAGCGCCCUGAAGGAAGAGCAGCAACCCGAGACCGAACGCCCCAAGCCGCAGCCGGCCGUGCCCCCGAGGCCCAGCGCAGACCUCAUCCUGCACCGCUGCAGCGAGAGCACCAAGCGGAAGCUGGCCUCCGCUGUCUGAGGCCGCCCCCACGUGAUGCUCUCCCCACCCCCAGCCCCUAAACUUGUAUAUACGUGUAUAGAGCCUGAGGCUGGCAGCCCCUGGCCGCGCCCCACCUAGCUGUUUGAUACCCUUAAUAAACAUUGCUUGGAGGGGACUGAUGCUUUGAAAAGUCGCGCCGCGGGCAAAACCCUUGAUAUUUCUAGACUUAGGACUGGAGGCUGUGAGGUCUGUUGGGGAAGUUGCAAGAACUGAAGUCCGGCUGCAUCCUUCUCUGGCCUUGGCCAAGACUAGGUUUGCACAAGGCCAAGUGCAAGAGGAAGCGCCAGCUUCCUCUGGCUGUUCGCCUGGAGAGACUGCCUGCUUGAACUCUGGCCUCACUGCAGAAGAGUCCUGAAGAAGAGUGGACACGGUGCAUAGCUGGGGUGGGGCGGGGUGGUAUGGAUUCGGGUCAGGGCUGUAGUUGACUUUGCGUGUACACUUUGAUUGCCAAAAAAAACCCUGUAAUUUAGGUUUAGGGAAACACACACUAGAUGUAAAGCUAUACCAUAAACUGAAAGGGAAGAAAUGGAAAAAGACAUUCAUGCAAACAGAAACUGCUGGAGUAGCUAUACUUAGAGAAAAUAGACUUUGUAAUAAAGACUGUAAUAAGAGACAAAGGCAUUCCAUAACAAUAAAGGGGUCAAUCCUUUAUAAGGGGACAUAACAUUUGUAAAUAUUUAUGCACCCAACAUAGGAGCACUAACAUAUACAAAGCAAAUAUUAACAGACCCAAAGGGAGAAACAGACAACAAUACAAUAAUAGGAGGGGACUUUAAUACUCUGUUUACAUUAAUGGACAGGUCAUCUACCCAGAAAAUCAGUAAGUGUUUUCCAAGAUAAAUCAUAUAUUGGAUUGCAAAACAAGUUUUAACAAAUAUAAGAGGAUUGAAGUCAUAUUAAACUUUUUUUUUCAGUCAUGGUGGUAUGAAACUAGAAAUUAAUUACAGGAAGAAAACUGUAAGACUCACAAAUGUGGAGAUUAAACAAGUUAUAAACAACCAAUGAGUCAAAGAAAAAAUCAAAAGAGAAACAAAAACACCUUGAGACAAAUGAAAACGGAAGUGAAACAUACCAAAACUUAUGAAAUGCAGUAAAAGCAGCUCUGAGAGGGAAGUUCAUAGCAAUAAAUGCUUACCUCAAAAAACAAGAAAAGUCUCAAACAACCUAACUGUACACCCCAAGGAACUAGAAAAAAAAAAGAACAAAUGAAGCCCAAAGUUAGUAGAAAGAAGGAAGGAACAAAAAUUAGAGC